AUGCAUGCCAAAUGUGGGGACCCUGACAGGGCCUACGAGUUGUUUCAGAGUUGGAAGGACAAAGACGUGGUUUGCUAUAGCUCCAUGAUAGAGGGGUUUGGUGUCCAUGGGCGUGGCAAGGAGGCCCUCCAGAUCUUUCGUCAACUUCAAGAAGAGGGGUUAAAGCCCGAUAGUAUUUGCUUCAUUGGGAUCUUAUCUACCUGUAGCCAUGCGGGUCUGGUGGAUGAGGGUGGCCACUACUUUGAGUCCAUGAGAAACGAGUACUUGAUCCCUCCAACUGCAGAUCACUACAUGUGCAUGGUUGACCAGCUUGGACAUGCCGGGUACAUAGAAGAAGCAUACAGAAUCAUCACAACAAUGAUGCCUCCAGUCCAACCUCAUGCAGGUGUUUGGGGGCCCCUGCUGAAUGCAUGUAGAAUCCACUCAGACAUUAAGUUGGGAGAGAAAGCAGCUUGGCAUCUACUGGAGUUGGAACCAGAGAAUGCGGGGAACUAUUUGCUGCUUUCCAAUAUGUAUGCAAAGACUAGGAAGUGGGAGGAUGUUGCGAAGGUGAGGGCCCUUAUGAGGAAAUGUGGGAUGAGGAAGCCACCCGGCUGCAGCUGGAUCGAAGUGGAAGGCAACAUCCACAGAUUAUUGGUGGCUGAUGUUUGGGAUAUUUGA